UGGCAUUGCAUUCGUUCUGUCACAUACAGUCUGAGUCAUUACAGAAUACUUGAUGUUUAUCACUAAUCACAACAAACAGUGAAUUGUUGUCAUCUCAUAGAACUCGGUCGUUUGGCCGGUAUUUCCUACGGAAUCGUUUUAUAACAACGUGAUAGAACAUUUUUAUCGCAUUCAAAUUAUUCGCUUUGCAAAGUGUAAAUCGCAUUGAAUAGAUUAAAACGGAGCGUUUUGUGUGUCAAUUGCGAGUACUUGUUUGUUGUUCUGACAUUUGGCCAUCAAGGACACAGAAAGAAAUGGACAGUGACGACGGAUAUUCGGAUUAUGAACCGGAUUAUGAGCCAGAACCAUGGGAUGAUUUAGAUAUUAGUGUUUCAGUUGCCAAACCACCGCCAUUUGAACAUCUCACCACUGACGAUAUCGUGAAACUGAUGAACCAAUACAUUGAACAUGUUAUUGCCAUUGUAAAGAUGCCAGCAACAACCACACGAAUCCUAUUGAGCCACACAAAAUGGGAGAAACAAGUUCUAUUGGACAAACUGACAGCGGAAAAUUGUAAUGAAUUUUUCGAAAAGGCGAACGUUCUCAAUCCGUUUACUGAAAACAGCCAAAUUCAACAGUCAACGGAUGAAUUGCACGAAUGCAACAUUUGUUUCAUGGAACCAUCGCAAGAUGAAAUUCUGGACUUGGGCUGUGGUCAUACGUCCUGUAAGGAUUGUUGGCGUCAGUAUUUAAUGCACCAAAUUAUUGAAGUCGGUAAAUCCGACUUAAUUCGCUGCCCUGCUACAAAGUGUGACGUUGUUGUUGACGAUGUCACUGUUAUGCAGUUGCUUUGUGAUGAAAAAGCAAAGCAAAAGUAUCAAUAUCUGAUGACCAACAGUUUUGUCGAGCACAAUCGUUCAUUACGUUGGUGUCCAUCACCAGGUUGUGUUUUGGCAGUUAAGGUAAAUCAGCUGUUGGCAUACCAAAAGAAUUGCACCUGCAAAUGUGGUUACAACUUUUGUUUCCAAUGCGGCGAGAGCUCUCACGACCCGAUUCCAUGUGCAUUAAUGGAAAAUUGGCGAAUGAAUUCCAACGAUUUGAACAUUGAAUACCUCACAAAAUACACGAAAGAAUGUCCCAAAUGUUAUGCGGUCAUUGAAAAGAAUGGCGGUUGUAAUCGAAUGAUAUGCCGAAAAUGUGAGCAUCCAUUCUGUUGGCUAUGCUAUGGUCCAAUGGAAACAUAUGAUCACCAGUGCAAUACGUACAAAGACGAGGACACAGACCGAUCCGAUCGACACCGGUGGCAGCAUUACUUCACACGUUAUUCGUUACAUUCAAAGUCAUUGAAAUAUGAAGAAAAAUUGACUGACGGCGCAAUCAAAUCUAAAAUGGAUGACAUGCAAGAGAUGGGAAAGUCUUGGAAUGAGGUACAAUUCUUAGUAAAAGCGGUGGACAUUUUAUGCGAAAGCCGUAAGCAAUUGAUGUUUACAUACAUCUUUGCAUACUACAUUGAAGACCACAAUCAGAAAACCAUAUUUGAAGCCAACCAAAAUGACUUGGAGACAGCCACCGAGGCGCUAUCGCAAUAUUUAGAGCAAAAUACCACGAAAGAUAACAUUGCGGAGAUCACCAUUAAUGUUAUGGAUAAAUCAAGUUACUGCGAACGUCGGCAGAAGGCCAUGCAGGAGCAUAUUUUCGACGGUUUUGAACAUGAUUGGUGGUCAUUCGCAACGAAUCUCUGGUCUCGACUGAAACAAAUGAUGUAAAUGUACAGGGCUAUAGCCGAAAUUGUGUGUCGCACAAAAAUCAGAUCUUUCAUGUAAAAUAAAAACAAAGAAGAGAUGUAAUUCCAGAAGUACAAUUGUUAGGUUAUGCAGCCUUGUCCAUAUGCAGCAGAUAAAUCACAAUAAUAUUGGAAGACUGAUUAAUAAAGUUCGAAUUUCUAAUUUAACGUAGAAUUUGGCACUACAAAUCUUCCAAAAUAGAUCAAAUCAAAUAUUUCUUGAAAAAGUGUACCUAAACGUUUACCUUAAGGGUCGACAAGACUAGGAGAACAAACAUCCAGUAUCAGGGAUUCUACUAACUAAGUGAACAGCUGAAUAUAAAACAAGUUAUUUUAGUGAUAAAAAAAAACAUGAGAAAAUGUAAAGAACACAAGUUCAUUGUUAUUUUUCGAACGAUUUCAGUUUAGAUUGUAAAAAUGAUGAAAAUAUUAUGAAAUCGAAAUGAUGUUCAACCAUAAAAAACCGCUUGUUUCUUGAUUUUCUAGCUCUUUACUUUACAUAAUCACGAUGUAGAUCAUUCAUCUGUUGAAUGAGAUGGAAUUUUGGUUCUGAUCCAACGUACUUCACCAACUACUUUGAAUCCAAGCUUUGCGAACAAUGAGAGGGCGUAUUAUGUUCAUAGAUAUCAGCAUAAACGUCAUAGCCCAUUGCAGCAUUUUUCCUCGAAAGAAAUCUCGUAACCAAAGAUCCAUAUCCAAAGCCAUAAUAUUUUUCAUCCGUUUGCAAUGCACCAAGUAGUCCGUUUGGGUACCUAGAAUCACAGUUUGGUUUCGAUAAUUUUUAAUUAAAAUGGAAUUCGAUGAAAUCGUUUUUUUAAUCGUUAUCAUCUUCUUCUGAUAAACAAUACAACACCAUCGUAUCGUCAUAAGUAAUCGCAACAUCAGCUUUCUGCAGCGCACCUCUGGCUAUAGGCUUUUGAUUAAUCGAAAGAGAAUAUCAUAGGAUUCAUUGUGGGUAUCCGCGUAAGUACUGCUACCGUCCUGAAAUGCCUUUCAACUUUAAAUUUCGAUCAGAUGGAAGUUCCAUCGGAAAAAUCACCAUUUAGGCAGUAAAACUUGACAUCAAUCACGUUCGAAUCUUGUUCAAACCAUCGAAUAUAAUUAAUCAAUUGCUACAGAAGCAAGAAAACCAUUGGAUGCUUUUUUAUAUAGAUUCUUCAAUGUUGCUAGAUGUUUUUGGCUAAUUUCCACCAAAUUAUCUGUCAUGUUGGCUUUUGAUACGUUUUUCAACAGAUUCCCUAUUAUUGCAAUUUAUACGUAAAAUCAAACAAACAUGAGCACACUGAAUACACUGAUUCUCAAGUUCAAUCGAGCGAGUUCAAAUACCAUUCAAUCUCAAUGCUUCACCCGCUCCUUCAUAAUUCAAUUAUCUCUUUCAAUUCAUCCUAUUGAGAUAUCAUUCAUACUAUGUCUGCUGAUAACGACACAAGCAAACGAAGAAAGAAUCACUAUUGGAUCUUAUGUAAUUAAAAUCUAAUACAGUUUUGUUGUGAAACUUGGUAAAUUGUGAUUGUUUUCCUGAAAAAUAAAUUAAACUCACGAAUUAUGACGAAACGCGUAUAUUUUAUUGUUUAUUUCUGUUCAUAAAGAGGUUUUACAAUUGUUCGAACAUUCGUUAAACAGGUGUUGGUUGUAAAUGCAAGUUAAAAUUAUAAACAGUGGGUUGGAAAUGUGAUAUUGGAUAAAAACUAUGUGUUCCUAUUUUUCAAGAGGAAUUUGCUGAGAUGAAAAAAUAUUCCUGUAAUCUGUGGAAAUAUUCGUCGAUCAUUUUUAUUAAUUUUUUUAAAUUUUCUGACUAGUACAUCCAAUUCUUGAUAAAUUUCCAAAGUUUUGAAUUUUAAUCUAGUUUUCGUUUCUUUAGUAUGUUAUGGAUUUAAAAAUUGAAACCACUCUAAUAUCUAUGAAAACACGCUAAGCACUACGAUAUCCAUAAAACACCAAGGAAAAUUAUUUGUUGCAUAAAUUCUUGACCUUAAUCUAUUGCAAAAAGCGUGGACGUUUGUCUGUUUAACCUGAAUUGCUGCUAAAGGCUGCGUUGCAUCAGUUCGGAAAACCGACUAGCUGUUGUACCAUUGUAACUUACAAUUUGUAAGAGCAGGAACUAUUGUUUUGAGAGCCAUUUAUAUCUCGUUUAUUUUAAAUUUGUAUCAAUGUUGUGUAUAUUUUGAUUAAAUGAAGCUUUUUGUGGCAGUUCUACAGCUACACAUAAAAAAGCAAUAGCUUUCAGUAUUGAGUCUAUUGACCAUGGGAAGAAAUUUGUUUAAACAAAAAAAUAAAAAGUAAAAUAAAAACAAAAACAAA